AUGUUCACCAAUAUCAUCACAGUCGUCGCUCUUACUGCCAGUGCACUUGCACACGGCGGCCACGAAGGUCAACUUCCAAUUGCUGGACCACACAAGGUAUUGUGGUAUAACACUUUACCAGGAGAUGGCGGAACUCAAGCCGACUCAGUAUUCUCGGGUAUCUCAACUUUCGGUCGAUUGCCAUACAUUCCAUGUUUAGCAACGGACGAAGUGAAAUAUGACAUUGCAUUUAUUGGGGCUCCUUUCGACACCGGGACUUCGUACCGACCGGGAGCUCGAUUUGGCCCGAAUGGAAUUCGUCAAGGCUCUCGUAGGCUCAAUCUUUAUGGAGGAUACAAUGUUCCUUUAGCUACAAACCCUUUCGAUAGUUGGGCAACUGUUAUUGAUUGUGGAGAUAUUCCAGUCACCUCCUACGAUAAUUCAUGGGCCCUACACCAAAUCGAAGAAGGUCACAACUCAAUCCUCUCCCGCGCCCCCGCCAUUGACGCCAAAAAACUUGGACCGGCCAAAAACGGUAAAACCCUCCCUCGAGUAAUCACCUUAGGCGGAGACCACACCAUUACUCUCCCCCUCCUCCGCUCCAUCAACCGUGCAUAUGGUCCCAUAUCCGUCAUCCACUUCGAUUCUCAUCUCGAUACCUGGAAACCCAAAGUAUUCGGAGGAAGUCCAUCGAAAGUCGCUUCCAUAAACCAUGGUACUUAUUUUUGGCAUGCGGCUCAAGAGGGACUUCUCGCAAAUGAUACGAAUAUUCACGCAGGUAUUAGGACGACGUUGAGCGGACCCAGCGAUUAUGAAAACGAUGGAUAUUGUGGGUUUGAAAUUGUAGAAGCGAGGGAAAUUGAUACGAUUGGCACAGAAGGCAUUAUCAAGAAAAUUCGCGAGAGAGUUGGACUUGGGAAACCAGUUUACUUGUCGAUUGAUAUCGAUACUUUGGAUCCUGCAUUCGCCCCCGCAACCGGUACCCCUGAAACAGGCGGAUGGUCAACAAGAGAGCUGAGAACGAUUUUAAGGGGAUUAGAGGGAAUUAAUUUGAUCGCGGCGGAUAUUGUCGAGGUGGCGCCGGCGUAUGAUACGAAUGCGGAACUUACGACGAUGGCGGCGGCGGAUGCGUUGUUUGAGGUACUUAGUUUGAUGGUUAAGAAGGGGCCGUUGAGUGCGAUGAUGGAGGGUGUAGUGGAGAUUUAG